AGAGACCCAGCCCAUUGAUGAUAAAGACCUUAAAGGUUUGGCUUCCUGGGCACAUCAGAAAAGUGGACACUUAGGAGAAAAAGCCACGUAUAGAUGGGCGCAAUCACGGGGAAUAGAUCAACAUUAAAGGAAAAAGAUGUCUUACCUAUGAGGACUGAAAAACUCUUUCCCAAAAUGGUGGUUGGAUUCCCAGGACGAUCAACUAUCUUGUGGCCCUACGCAAUCUUUGCUCCAGGAAAUGGAGGUUGGGUUUGUCAAAUUCUUAUUUUGGCAGGACUUGAGUUCCUGAUUGUCAUGCUGACUACUACCUGUGUGUAUCAACCGCAGGAUUUGCCAUGGUGUGAACAAUCAUCAGAUCAAAUCAAUGUGAGCAGAGAGAGAUCUAAAAGGGCACUGUCUUUGCAAGGGGACAAUUUGUGGGAGUAUAUGGCUAAAGAUGUAUUGAACACUAGCUACAUGUGCUUAAAGGAUGUCCUAAGUGCUGGUGAACUAAUUGAGACUUGUUUUAUUGCCAUCCCUACACCCACGACAGUUUUGACAGCAACAUUUCAAAGAAAAUAUAAUGACUCAAAUGUUGAGGACUCAGAUACUGAAACUUAUAUACCUGUUUAUGCAUAUGUUGCAGAUCAGAAUGCUACAAGAAAAAUGAAAAAAAGUUUUCUUUCUUUGAUCACUCACCAUAUAACUGCAGCAGAUGUGUGUUAUAAUAUGACUUGUGAUAGUGUAAAGAUUCCUGCUUGUAUUAUGGUCAAGAGUAUAAAUGCUACCAGUAAAGCUAUUGCUAGUCUCUUAGCAGAUUUUGGAGAUAUUAGAAAUGCAGUAGUACAAAAUAGGGCUGCCAUUGAUUAUUUGCUUUUUAAGCAUAACCAUGGUUGUCAAUAUUUUAAGGGUAUGUGUUGUUUUAACCUUUCUGACCAUUCUCAUGCCAUUAACCAACAAUUAGGUAUUCUACAUAGUUUAGUCACUAACAUCACUGAACAUAAGGAUGAAGGUUGGUGGGACUGGCUUACUAGUUGGAUCCCUGAUGUGGGAGGUUGGGUUCAAACAGUUAUAGAAGUAGUUUUGGUUGUGAUAUUUUGUCUGAUCAUAAUUCAAUGCUUACCCUCACUAAUAUCUAUGUGUAUCCCAAAGCAAUGAAGAAGUAUAACUUUUUAGAAAUAUACUAAUAGAUAUACUAUAUAACCCAAUUAUUUAGUGGUAUAGUUACAGUUACCA